GCUCUCUUUGAUAUCUUCAUUCAGGCCUGGUAUCAGCAGGAUGAUGCCGCUGAAGGGGAAGAAUCAGAGGAAGGUGUGGAUGAUGACCCAGUGGAGCCAGAUGGCAGUCUGGCAAUUGUUGAGGACUCUGGGGACGAGGUUGAUGAAGACUUGGAUGGCCAGAGUGUAUCCCUGGACAUGCCGGAUUUGGAUGAUGAUGAGGAGGAUAUGCAUAAAAUG